AUGGAGGAGUACAAUAAUCUCAACAAUAUGAGUGAUUUUGCUGGCUACUUGAAUGAAAGUUUUCAAAAAGAUUGUUACUUAUUUUGUUUAGGAAAACAGUGCAGUAACUCUCCGUGUUUGAGGUGUUUCAGAAUUCGUUUAACUAUGGCCAAAGUAAUUUACAACUUCAGGAAGAAGAGAGGCAUUUGGUUAAAUAAAUCCCACGUUUUUACAGAUGAAGUAGUCAGUGGUAGUUCAUAUGAAAACUUGUUGGUUGCCAACAGAAACACAGAAGAGAAGGAUAAUAGAGGAAAAAGGGGUCAUUAG